UACCCGCAACGUUCUGUUACUAUCUCGACAGUGUUCCGAGCCACGAGUUCUCACUCUCAGCGGUGAAGCGAGCAUGGCGACAUUUCCCUCCACUUUCAUUCCCUUUCUCCGCUCCCAGUCACCGUUCCCGUGUCCUGCAGCUCAACGGUAGCUCUUAUCCGCCUCCUCCAAAACCCUAAACCAAUCCUCCAUUAGUUUGAUUGGAGCGCAAGAAGCGUCCGAUCAUGAGAUCGAAGGCCCCUUCAGCCGUCCGAUGGUUCAAGGAUUGGUCAGCCCCUUUGGUUCCGCAAAAUUUGAUUUUGAGCGGAGGGGAGUGCUCGCUUCUGAAGUGGGUUACAGAGGACACAAUGCAGUCCCUAAAAGACAAUCAAAAGGUGCCAGAAAAACAAGCGCCAGAACCUGAAUCAACAACUGAGGUUCUUUUCCUUUGCAGCUAUGAAGGCUGUGGAAGAACUUUUCUUGAUAUAGGUACUCUAAGGAAACAUGCUCACACCCAUGGCGAGAGGCAAUAUGUUUGCCAUUAUGAUGGAUGUGGAAAGAAAUUUUUGGACAGUUCCAAGCUCAAAAGACACUUUCUUACUCAUACAGGAGAGAGGCAUUUUAUAUGCCCUCAUCCAGGCUGUGGGAAGGCCUUCUCCCUGGAUUUCAAUUUACGAUCUCAUAUGAAGAUACAUUCACCAGAGAAUUAUCAUGUUUGCCCAUACAAAGAUUGCGGGAAAAAAUAUACACAUGAGAAUAAGUUAAAUGCUCACAUAAAGGCACACCAUGGAAAGAGUACUGGAGCAGAGACGGUGAAGCACUCCACACAAGUGUUAGAUAAAAUCCAAAAUGCACUGAAAAAUCCUGCAGCUUUACAUGGUUCAGCUUCUUCUGACCGUCCGUUUGCCUGUCCCUAUGAAGGCUGUGGGAAAGACUAUAUUCAUGAGUAUAAGCUAAAUCUCCAUUUGAAAAAAGAGCAUCCUGACCACAAUUUAGAAGAAAAUGGCAAACAUCAUGCUCCCACUGCUGAUUUUGAUAUUGAUGAAUCCAGUGAACAAGAUACGCUCAUGAAGAAGCUCAAUGUUCUCAAAAGCAUUAAAAGGAAUAGACCCAGUCCAAUACAGCAAAAGCCACCCUCAAAAGUUCCAAGGCAGAAAAGCUCAAGUUCUGCACCAAGAGAUAUCGACAUGGUUAAGAAGUCAUGGCCUAUUAAAGAUAUGUACGAGGAAGAUAGCGAGGAAACUGAAGAAGAUAAGGAAGAUUUGGAAAAUGUUGACGAUGAAGAGACAGAGGAUGAAGAUUGAUUCUGGGCUAAGAAUGUGUGGAUCUUGGUGAGCACUGUACAUAAAAUGCGAAGAUGAUGACAAAAAUGUCAAGAGCUGUAAUUGCUUUGCGUGUUCUUCUCAAUUUACCUUUUUUUUUCUUCUUAAUGUAUGUGUAGUAGAGUAUCAUAUAUAUUUGGAGGUACUAAUCUCAUAGUAGUACUCUUAUAUUGAUGUACAUCGUUUUCUCAGCUUUUGUGUACGAGUAACUAGUUUCAGUGGUUCA